UUCAUGUUGAAAACCAUAUAGACACAAGCGGAUACUGUUGACCAACACAAGACAUUUGUCGUUCCGGGGUCUCAACAAGUGUGAACAAUAUUGCCAAGACACCAGCAAGCUUCCCGCAGCACUCCUACCAAGGUGCAUCCGCCGCAACGACGACGACAACACGCAUAUCGAUACGCAUGAACCCCUCCUAAUACAAAUUCGCCGACCAUCCACUCUCUUCGCUCCAUCAAGUCAGACUCAGACUCUCGUCAAGACACGCCUCAACCUCCAUUGAUACCAUCUAUAGCGUUUCACCGCACCCCCACUCGUUGUUGUGACGACCCAUCAGACUUGCGGAGGACGAUUUGACCGCCUGUGACCAGUUGAACAUCGAUAUGGCAUGUUACCAUUACGACUGUAGCGUGUUGAGUCCAUGAUAAGGCCCAAGAGUUGACACAAUGCCUCCCGAACGACAAAAUAAUGCCAAUCCGGCGCGCCCAUUGAUGCCAACGCUGGCUUCAUCUAGGACUGCUCGGACUCCCAUCACACCACGCCUUGCUGCUGCAGCUCAGCCUACGACAGGUGGUAUGCGGCGGAACGACAGAUCAGACAUAACUUCAGCGCCGAACACGAUACUGCCGUCCUCGUCCGUAACACCAGCAAACAAGAAAUCCCUCAAUAGUAACAUUACACCCCGUUCUUCCGACCGAAGAUCACGCGCCGGUAGCACUCAGUCAACAUCCAACGAUGCCUCAAUACACUCUCCACCGAUGGCCAGUCGGCCUGUAUCAGGAUUCGAUGGUUACAGGAGAGAUACAGGGAACAGCUACACCGGCUCAAGCUUAGCAGCAGCAGCACCAGUCGGUGGUGGAAGAUCUCGCAGUGUCAUAGGCCCUGGCAGCGCGCAAGCCGGCAAAAUGAGGAGCCGCUCGCCCCAUUCCACCUUGUCUGGGAUCGCUGGAUCCGAGUCGGGCGCGCGAGAAGAUCAGUCGAUGUUCUUCCACGCCGAUGAAGCAAGAUCGCAACGUGCUGCGGUAGCACCCCCAGUGCCGAGUGCACCAGUACAGAAGAAGCCUACAUUUUUCUACGCUGAUGGAAGGAGGGAGACUGGCUUUGUGGAGCCUGUCGGGGUUCCGUCGCCUCCUUUGUCAAGUCUAGGAAGAAACAAUCUUUCACCUCCGUCACAAUUCUUCCUGGCAAGUGAUGCUCCGGUUUGCAAGCCGAGUAGUAUACAUCCCGCGGCGUCUCCCCCUUCCGCUCUUCCCGAACCCAACAUACAGGCUCCACAAUCCAGAGCACUGGCUUUGAGAUCACCUUCGCCGGAGAAAAUUAACAUCCAUCUGUCUUAUCGCAAAGGCGCAUCGCAGAUCAUGAGACCGAACGGCCACCGACCGUCGCCCGUAUCGAUCCUAUCAAGCGAGCAUUUGACUAGACGUCGCUCGAGCACUGAUUCUCCUCUUGCAAAAUCUUCGCAUGCAAAGACCAGUAGCUUGUCCUCGAUUGAUUCCAUCAACUCACCUCCUCGUCUACACGAAGGCAAGGUCGAAUCCACCUCACCUACAACACCACUAAGAGCUAACAUAGCCAAAAAUUUCACGGAAAAAAGUACCGGUCGGCCGUCGUUGGACUCCAACUUGUCAUUGCCUAGCGAGAGUCAGGUGGCGAUGUCUGAGGACCAUGUUUCGGGGCCCCAAAGUCCGACUGCACCGUUGCAGAGUGGAAAUAGUCUGCAAAAGAUGAACGAGCUUGCAGCCAAUGCUAGGCGUGAGAGGAAAGUACUGGAUCUUGAGAUUAGCAAUUCGUCCCUCCUUGCUAUCAAUCGACAAUUAGAACGAGAAGUUCGAAAACAGAAGGCGGAACUACGACGUUAUAGGCGACUAAGUCGAGCGGGUAGGUUCUCAACUAGUACCGCCCGUACCUCGUCGGGCGAGUAUUUCGACAUCGAUGACAGCGAGAGCCUGGACAUAUUAAAUGAAGUCGAUGAGGAUGCGGAAGAGGAUGAGGAUGAGGAACAGUCUUUGAGCGAAUCAUCUGCCGAAGAUGAAGAUUUAUCGCCCGAUGCUCUUGCUGAGCGCGAUGCACGACAUGCGUUUAAAGACGAAAAACGAUUGCAGCUCGAUCUGUCGAGGCAUAAAGAACUUUUGGUGGACUCUCAGAAGAUGAACCAAAGUCUAAAGCGUUGCCUGGGCUGGACAGAGGAGCUUAUUGCUGAAGGGAGGAAAGCGCUGGAGUACAAAGUCAAGGUUUCAGACGUAAAACUUGGUGGUCGUGUGCUUCAGGCAACGGAGCAUGAAAACGACUACAACGAUGAUGACGAGGAAAAUGAUCCUACGAUCGGUUCUGGUGGAGCUCUGUUGAGCCCAUGGAUCCCGAGUUCUGAGAUGCAAGAAGAUCAGAUAAAUGCUUUAUUGACAUCCAUCAACGCGGCUCGUACAGAUCGAGAUAGUGGUAUCGAACUCGAGCUCCCCCAGACCCGAAAAGACCAACUAGAGCUAUCAUAAGCUGCUCAGUAGGCUUUUUUCCACGACAGGUCUUUAAGAUCUACACCACUUCCACAGACACAUCAGGUUCGCUUUCCUUUGUUAACGCAAACAGCUUGACUCUUCGGGCUUGCAGGAUCCUCUGGCGUUGAGUAAUGAGCUGGUAGGGGACCACGAGGAAGGCACAGCUGGACUGGAGCGAUCAUAUUACGGGUGAACAUUUUUCGAGGCAUAGUUUGACUCAUGGCGGAACCACUACCUUUGUUUGUUGCUUGUUGACCCUGUACAAUUUGGCCGGUACAUUGAACGCACCCAUACCCCAUGAUACCCCCUAUUCAUAGUCUAUCUCUUGAUAGACCAGUCAAGAUUAUAUAGCUGACGGUCUGUACAUAGUCACUCUACUGUCAGAGCAAUAGACUGU